CCUCGUCUCCUGUCCUCUCGGGUUCUCUCCUCGCCGGCUGCUGGUCUCCUCGUCUCCUGUCCUCUCGGGUUCUCUCCUCGCCGGUGGCUGGUCUCCUCGUCUCCUGUCCUCUCGGGUUCUCUCCUCGCCGGUGGUUGGUCUCCUCGUCUCCUGUCCUCUCGGGUUCUCUCCUUGCCGGUAGCUGGUCUCCUCGUCUCCUGUCCUCUUGGGUUCUCUCCUCGCCGGUGGCUGGCUGGAGGAGUUUGGCUGUUGUUUGGAUGGAUUUGAACAUGAACUGAACAGCCACACGCAGCGAGACAUGAGGAGAGUCACCGUAGGAGGCUCGAUCUGCGUGUCGUCUACAAGGUGCCCCAGCAGCUUUGUCUUUCUGAAGACAUUUGUGGCAUGAAAGCCCUGCAGCGCACAUCUUUCAUUCAUCAACUCCUCGUCCUUCAACUCGCCAGUUAGGAACUCACCCUGUAGCUCCACCGCAUUGAUGAGCCAUGGGGCAGAAGAUCUCUGGCGGCAUCAAAUCGGUAGACGGUCGCGGGGAAAGCGGCGGCUCCCCGUCCUACAGACCUUCGGCUCAACGCCGGCAGCACCCAGAACUGAGGGGCCCUGAUUUCGCCAAACCUCCCCGGUUGGAUCUCCUACUGGACAUGCCAUGUGCUGGACUGGAGACCCAGCUCCGUCAUGCGUGGAACCCCGACGAUCGUUCGCUCAACAUCUUCAUAAAAGACGAUGAUAAACUGACGUUUCACCGCCACCCGGUCGCUCAGAGCACAGACUGCAUCCGGGGGCGGGUCGGAUACACGAGGGGUCUCCACGUGUGGAGGGUCCACUGGCCCUCCAGGCAGCGUGGCACACACGCCGUCGUCGGGGUGGCGACCUCAGAAGCCGCUUUGCAUUCUGUUGGCUACACGGCACUGGUGGGGUCGGACUGUGAAUCCUGGGGCUGGGAUCUGGGACGCAACAGGCUCUACCACGACAGUAAGAACCGGUCUCACAGCUCGCUGCCGUCUUACCCUUGUUUUCUGGAGCCGGAGGAGUCGUUCACCCUGCCGGACUCUCUGCUCGUGAUCCUGGACAUGGACGAAGGAACGCUGAGCUUCAUGGUGGACGGACAGUACCUAGGAGUUGCAUUUAGAGGGCUGAAAGGCAAGAAUCUGUAUCCCGUCGUCAGCGCUGUGUGGGGACAUUGUGAGAUAGCCAUGAAGUACAUCAACGGCUUGGAUCCGGAGCCUCUACCUUUGAUGGAUCUGUGUCGGCGUGCGGCCCGCAUGGCUUUGGGUCGGGAGCGGCUUCAGGAGAUCGAGAGCCUCCCUCUGCCCCAGUCCCUGAAAGAUUACCUCCAAUACCAGUGACUGACACCAGCAGAGCCAACUGGGAGUAAAGGACACCAACCACACCGCCAGAAAGUCUGGAGACGGAGGAAUGCAAUUGAUUAAAGAAAGCAAAGAGAGGAUUAAAGCAUGUCCACACUGAGAGCGCCAUAGCUCUACAAAUCAUGGAUUUAUAACAAAGUAUUAAGAGUAAGAUGACUGAAGAACUGACGGUGGAGGUCCAGGCUUUACAACCAAGACAGCACCAGCUUAUUUUGGAUUUUGAGCUGCUUUAUUAUUUGUUUUUGACUUGAAAUAAAUUAUUGAUGAUGGUA